UUACGUUCAACAUCUGAGAAUUAAAACAUGCGGAAUUGUUUAUUUAAAUUCUCACCUUCAAAAUUUAAGGGCUUAGGCGAUAAAAAAUGGUCGACUACAGUAAAUGGAAGUACCUAGACAUAACCGACGACGAGGACGAAGAACACAAAGUCACAAACUCACCGUAUAUAAGCAACAAGAAAAUCAAGCCGGAUGAAGAAAUACUCGACAAAGACGAUCUCGAGAGGGCCAGGAAAAUGAACCAAAAGAAAAGAAAAGAGAUAAAGGAUCUACUGGCAGAAGGGGAACGUGUGGAUAUAGCCGUCAUAAGAGCCAAACUCGAAGAACUAGAGAGGGCGGAGGAACAAUUGGCCCAAGCGGAAAAAAAACUAAGGACGAAGAAGAGAACAUCAUGGACUGUGGCUAAAGGGAGUCACCUCGGUUUUACAAAAACGUACAUCAACAAACCGCGCUCGAAAAAAUACGGAAAUGUUGAGGACGAAAUAGAAAAACGCAUGCAUAUAUUUGUAAAGCAUAAUAGAAAACAACUGAAGGAAUUCGCCACGUUGAAAAACUGCAACGACUGUAAGGAAUUUUUGUUAGAGCAUCCUCAUCUUGUUUGCGAAGACGCUGAAAUAUACUUAGUCAUCUGGGGCAUCACGUUACAAUUAGAAGGGAAACAAUUCUUCUCCCAGCAUUUAGCCCGUCAAUGUCUUUUUAUACAUUUCAUUUUAGAAAUGUCGAAAAGGCUCGAUGCCGACCUCAAAACCUGCAUAAUCUCGUUUUUCACCAAGAUACAAAUCUGCGACGAAGAGUAUAAAACUAAUUUCGAGACUGAACUUAACACUUUAAUCGGCCGGAUCAGGAAGAAGGCUAAAGAGAAAAUGGACAUAGCCGUACGGGAACAGGAGGCGGAAGACCGGGAGGCGAGAGCGGGCCCCGGUGGCCUGGAUCCGCUCGAAGUCUUCGAAUCUCUGCCGCACUUCAUGAAAGAGUGUUUCGAGAGAGAGGACGUCUCGAUGCUUCAAAAGAUGAUUGCCGAGUUGCCGGAAGAAGAGGCAGCAUAUCACAUGAAAAGGUGCGUCGAUUCCGGCCUCUGGUUGCCCUCCGGUGCCAAACGUCCCAACAGAUGCUACGGCGAGCUAGGUCGGGAAGAUACUGGGAACACAUCGUCUUCGAGCUACUAGUUCCUGUCCAGUUUAAAACUGUCAUCAUCCCUUUCGGGCUGGUACUGUUUUAUGUCAUUUGUCUAAUCCUGUCCUUCAAGCUUAUAGAAA